CAAGCACCCAACGAAAACUAGGCUAUAUGGGUGGACAGCAGGCAAUUUCUCAAAUACAUUUAAAAUAAUACUUGUGUGCUUUAUUUCAUAUUUCCAAGUAUUUGUGGGACCAUAGACGUUAACAAAGCCUUUUAGCCCUUUGCCUUUGUCCUUGCACGGGAAAUACGGCGGCACGUAUUCAUGUGACCAUAUUUAUCUUCUGAGUUAAACUCCAUCAUUUGAUUUAUUUGACUUUGACUCUGCUAUGGGUGUUGCUAGGAUAAGCUCCGUCCGGCAGGACAUUGUAACGUGAUUGGCUUGCAUCCCGCAGCUGAAAGCCAAUCAGAGACCGAUGCGGUUUAUGCUUGUAAAAUUAGCCUCCGCGAUCAGAGCGGGAGCAUCGCGGAAGCUCCUUUGCCCCUGUGCCCCGAUUGGCGAGGCUUCUGGGUUGGUGGCCGGUGGACGUGGUGAGGGACGCCAGAGAUCCAUCAGAGGACACGGGAUCGCCCGUGCAAGGACCGAAGCUUCACCCCCUCGCGGAAACAUGCGGACGAAACGCGGGGUUGCGCGAGGCACGUGAUGGCGGAGCCCGCAGAGGAGCGUGUGUACCGCUGGAGGCAGGCGCUGCAGGAAGGCUUGGAGUACCAGCGCGCGGGAGUGCUCCCUCUGUUGGGCAGCCCUCGCUACUGCGCCGGGACCAACACAGCCAGCGGCUACCUGUGCCAGAGCGGCCACUGCUGCGGAGAGUCUGGCUGCUGCUCCUACUACUAUGAGCUCUGGUGGUUCUGGCUGCUGUGGAGUGUGUUGAUCCUGUUCAGCUGCGGUUGUGCCUACCACCACCGCCAGGCCAAGCAGAGGCAGCAGCAGCAGCUGCAGCGGCAGAGGGACAUCAACCAGUCGGCCUACCAGCGCGCCCGCACCUACAGCGCCUCCAUGCUCGACCUCAGUUUCCUGGCCUCGCUGAAGCUCCCCUCCUAUGAGGAGGUGGCAGCCCAGCCCAGAACCCCGCCCCCUCCCUACAGCUGCGUGGGUUACCCACGGGGCACCGGCCACCUGCUGUCCUCCCAGAGCUCCGACAACUACACCAGCUGCUCCUGUGACUCCUGCUGCAACUCAUCCCCCUACAGCUACACCCCCUCCACAAGCCACGCCUCCUCGCCCGGCGACAGCGACCCAGGCCCCGUCCAGGUCCUUGCCAUUGCACAGAGCCCCUCCCCCAUCAACAGCCCAGACUCCGCCCCCACCCAUAGCCUCGGUGCAGCAGAGCCAGCCAAGAACAGCACCAGUAACCGCAGAAACCCCAGUCACGCCGGUUCCCCAAGCAACCCCGGUAACUCGGGUUACCUGAGUAACGCCAGUAACCCGGGGAACAGCAGUAACUCAGUUAGCGUCAGUAAGUCCAAGAGUAGCAGUAUUGAAGCUAACGUCAGUGAUACACAACAAGCCAGCCUGAGCAGCGUCGCUAAUGCUAACUGCACCAUAAUCUUACACCCACCUGGUGUGACGGUGGGAUUGAGCACAAACCAGCCCUCUUCUCCUCUCUCUCUGACCUCCCCUCCCCCUCUCUCCUCUCCUCUGCCGUUCCUCCCUUUCUCUGACCCGUUGGAUGUGACCACUGGGCAAAUUCUGGAGUCAGUGAAAGAAGUAUGUCCAAUGUCCGAUGACAGCCCCGCCCAGUCCCCGCCCCUCAGAACGGCUCUCUUGGACCCAGGCAGACGGGAUUCGGCGACCUCUGACCCAGAAUUGGACCAGAGCCACUUCCAGCAGCGUCGGCUGACCGGAGACUCAGGCAUUGAGGUUUGCCGUUGCCAUAUCGAACCAGACGAGCAGGACAACAUCAGCGCCCUGGACAACAGCCUCCAUGACGACGACAACUGUACGGCACGAGCCAAGGAAGUGUGUGAAGCAGGGGGCAAAGAGGCGGGGCCUGAUCCGUGUGGCCACUCCCCCAGCGUGCCCAAAGACGCUGGGGCAGACAUGGUGGUGAUUGCUAUGGAAACAGUCUGAAAAAAAAAACAGAAGUGAAGACUUCUGUGAACAGGAAGAGGAGGAGUCACCUGGUCACCAAGGAGCUCUCCAUCCUUUAUUAGAAGUAGAAUGACCAGCCGAUGCUAAUCAGAAAUGUAACGGUCAAUGAAUGCCUACUAGAGACAGAGGGGCCAACUGGUGGCAAGCAUACUCUGUUCUCUACAGAAUGGACAAUCACAGCCAAGUAUACUCUGAUUUGUACAAACCAACCUAUCAUAACCUAGCCUAAUGUUUUCCAUACGGUAUGGCCAAUCAGGAUGAAGUUCCUUUGCUCCCUAACGUGAGGCCAGUCACAAACAAAUGUAAAGCAGACCAGCCAAUCUCAAGUCAAGCUCACUGUGUUCUUUAUGAGAUAAUCAAUUCCAAACAAUGACUUUCAUGAGCACCCAGUUGCAGUUGAGACUGCCAUGUUCUCCUCGUUCCACCUGUAAAACUGUGUUGCAUGCUGGGACAGAUGGACAAACUUACAAUGGUCGUAGCAGACUACAAGAGAGGGAGCGUAGAAGCAAGCUAAUUUUACACGGGGCAGGGAGAGGCCAAGCUUCUACUGAACAAUUACACACAAACAGACACACACACAGACACACACACACACUUAUCUGUGAAUCAGAAUAUGACUGUUGGGUACUGUGUAAUGAUAUGACAUUUAGCAGUUUACGAUAAUAUUACUCUAAUAGGACAACAUUAACCUUCUUUUUGUAACGAGUAACCACUACAGGACCGCCACAGUUUGGUCUAGAGCACAUGAAUUGAGACUUCCUUCACUGCUGGAGACAACACUCUACAAGAACAGCCCGGUUCUGGCCUUGAUACCACCAGAGAUCAUCCUCCAGCCUGGGGCAAACUACAACCCCCCACCCCCCCCCAAACCCCACCCUCUGGAUGACGUUCACUACAUAUGCACAGUUGAACUUCCAGUGUGGCGAGAAGGAGGUAGAUGUUCUACUACUACUUUCUGCUGACCUACUCAAGCAGACUGAGAAGGACAUUGUUUUACCAGUAUAUUUUGGUGCUGUUCUUAGUUAUAAAGUCAGUGAAAUGAAUUAGGUUGUUAUUUUGAUCCCAUGUUGUCGUGGGGUUAAACAGAAUAUGAUUGUCACGUGUCAGUGUUGUGUUCCGCUAACCGCGUGCUAUUUCAUCAUGGCUGAAUGUGUCGGGCCCCUUCUCCACAACAUACUUAUCUUAUAAAGCUGACCAAAGUAUUGAACAUCUUUCUUUACUGAUACAAUAAACAGCUAAUGAUGGUU